AUAUUACGAAGGCGCAUGCGCAGGCGUGAGAACGUGCGCUUCCUUCUCUUCAAGGCUCUCCGAGUUCCUGCUGUUGCCAUGGGCCGCAGACCAGCUCGAUGUUACCGGUACUGCAAAAACAAGCCGUAUCCAAAGUCUCGUUUCUGCCGUGGUGUUCCUGAUGCCAAGAUCCGCAUCUUUGACCUGGGUCGGAAGAAGGCAAAAGUGGAUGAGUUCCCACUCUGUGGUCACAUGGUGUCUGAUGAAUAUGAGCAGCUCUCCUCUGAAGCCCUGGAGGCCGCUCGAAUUUGUGCCAACAAGUAUAUGGUGAAGAGUUGUGGCAAAGACGGCUUUCAUAUUCGAGUGCGGCUUCAUCCCUUCCAUGUCAUCCGCAUCAACAAGAUGUUGUCCUGUGCUGGGGCUGACAGGCUCCAGACAGGUAUGCGAGGUGCCUUUGGAAAGCCCCAGGGCACAGUGGCCAGAGUCCAUAUUGGUCAAGUCAUCAUGUCCAUCCGCACCAAACUUCAGAAUAAGGAACACGUGAUUGAAGCCUUACGCAGGGCCAAGUUCAAGUUCCCUGGCCGCCAGAAGAUCCACAUCUCCAAGAAGUGGGGCUUUACCAAGUUUAAUGCUAAUGAAUUUGAAGACAAAGUGGCUAAGAAGCGUCUCAUCCAGGAUGGUUGUGGAGUCAAAUAUGUUCCCAAUCGUGGCCCUCUGGACAGGUGGCGAGCUCUGCACUCCUGAGGUCUUUGACAGCACUGAUUCCUUUGGCCAUGCUGGCCUCACAUGCUCACCAAUAAAUUUUAUUUGCUGACAAAAAAUAAGUAUUUUUUAGUAUUUUA